ACAUGACUUUCUGAGAUCGCGAGAAACUGCAACAGGCGAGAAGUAUGGCUGAUAAAAACAUGUUUUUAGUAGCUAUUUUGUCGGUAUUGGCUGGAUUGUCAUCAGCUAAGUGUGGAUAUCAGUCCUGCAAUCCAACCAAGCCAGACAGAGUGAAUGUUCAUCUAGUCCCACAUACUCAUGAUGAUGUUGGCUGGCUCAAGACUGUAGAUGAAUAUCUAUAUGGAGCCAAUAACAGCAUCCAGCAUGCCGGAGUGCAGUACAUCCUGGAUUCUGUCAUCUCAGAGCUUGCAAAGGAUCCCGGGAGGCGAUUCAUCUAUGUUGAGACGGCAUUCUUUGAGAGAUGGUGGCAUCAGCAGGACGAGAAAACACAGUAUCAAGUCCGACAGUUUGUCAAUGAUGGUCGGCUUGAGUUCAUCAACGGAGGAUGGAGUAUGAAUGACGAAGCUUGCACCCAUUACAAUGCCAUCAUUGAUCAGAUGUCCGAAGGCCUGAGAUUCCUUCUAAAUACCUUUGGAAAGUGUGGCAUCCCAAGGGUGGCUUGGCACAUUGAUCCCUUUGGACACUCAAAAGAACAGGCCUCCCUCUUUGCUCAGAUGGGUUUUGAUGGCUUCUUUUUUGCGAGGCUCAGCUACAACGACAAACUCCACCGUCUGAACACAAAGAGAAUGGAAGAGAUCUGGCAUGGCAACCCAAGCAUCGGAAGUUCUUCCGAUCUCUUUUUUGGCACCCUCUAUGCCCACUAUGGUCCACCCACAGGAUUUUGCUUCGACCAGAGCUGCAGUGAUCCUCCCAUACAGGUAGAUUAUGUGUUGUGACCUUUGACCUUUCUGUUUGUGUUUGGUAGAUGGGGUUCGAUGGUUUCUUCUUUGGAAGGCUAAGUUACAAUGAUAAGCUUCACCGGCUGAAUACAAAAACCAUGGAACAGGUCUGGCAUGCUAAUGACAACCUUGGUAGCCCAGCUGAUCUUUUCUUUGGUGCCCUCUAUAAUGGAUACGGUCCGCCGCCGGGAUUCUGCUAUGAUAGAGGAUGCAGUGACCCGCCGAUGCAGGAUGACCCAAGACUAUUUGACUAUAAUGUUGAUGAGCGUGUAGCAGCAUUCACAAAGUAUGCAAAGGACCAGGCAGCGUUCUUCCAGACGAAUAACAUCAUCAUGACGAUGGGAUCUGAUUUUCAAUAUGAGAAUGCAAACGCUUGGUACAAGAACCUUGAUAAACUCAUCAAAUAUGUCAAUGCUAAGGAGGAUGAGACAGGUAUCCAUCUACUUUACUCCACCCCAUCUUGCUACGUCUACAACCUGAACAACGCUAACAAGAUAUGGACGACCAAGAAAGAAGAUUUCAUGCCCUACGGUGACGCCCCUCAUAACUUCUGGAGCGGGUAUUUUGUGAGUCGUCCGUCCAUCAAGGGCUACGUCAGGGAAUCAAACAAUAUCCUUCAGGUUUGUAAACAGUUGGAGUCUCUCAAGAAUACACAGUCAUCAUCAGAAAGUCUAAGAGAAGCCAUGGCUGUUGCCCAGCACCAUGAUGCUGUCACUGGCACAGAGAAGCAGCAUGUAGCAGAUGAUUAUGCUAAAAGACUCUCCAUAGGUAGAGUGCAAUGUCAGGCAUUGAUCAGUGAAGCAAUCUCAAGUGAUAUUUCUCAAAGGUCUGGUUUCAACAUGGCCGCCACCUCUGAUCAUUGUAACUACGUCAACAUCAGCAUCUGCCCAACCUCGGAAACACAAAAUUCUUUCACAGUGGUGGUAUACAAUCCUCUUGGUCGAUCAGUGAUGUCACCGAUCAGACUACCUGUCAAUCAAGCUGCUUACACUGUUAUGGGUCCGAAUAAUAUGACGAUGACUAGUCAGAUUCAAGAUGUAACAGCCAGUACUAAGAGUGUGAGGAGAGAUAGAGGGAAUGCUACCAAAGAACUCAUCUUCAUUGCUUCCAUUCCACCUUUGGGAUAUACCACAUACCACAUCACAGCAUCAUCAACGAAUUUGAUCUCUCGUCUCAAGGCAAGUCGCCAAAGCCGUCCAGCUACUACUACAAAUAGACUUACUGAAGAUGUGUCCAUCUCUAAUGAGUUCCUGAGUUUGGGCUUUGACGGAAACACUGGUCUCUUAAAGUCGAUGAGCAACUUGGGAUCAAACAUCACUAUCCUUGUCAAACAGUCUUUCUACUGGUAUAACUCCAGCACGGGGAACGAUGUCUCGAUACAAGGUUCAGGGGCUUACAUCUUCAGACCAAACAAAACAGACCCCUAUCCUUUGUAUGGUGGGUCAUCGGUGAUGGUGAAUGUAGUCAAGGGUGAUGUUGUACAAGAGGUUCAGCAGCAGUUCACACCAUGGUUGAGUCAGGUGAUAAGACUAUACAAAGGUCAAAGUUCAGCAGAGUUUUCAUGGACAGUUGGCCCUAUCCCAAUCAGCGAUGAUUUAGGCAAGGAGAUCAUCACUCGAUUUGACACCAACAUAGAAUCAGAUCAGACAUUCUACACAGACUCCAAUGGGAGACAGAUGAUGAAGAGAGUUUUGUAUCAACGUGAAGACUAUCCAUACGUCAACAGUGAACCCGUAGCUGGCAACUACUAUCCUAUCAACAGUAGGAUCUAUAUCAAUGAUACCAUGUCUCAGUUCACUAUACUAACAGACAGGUCACAGGGAGGUAGCAGUCUUAGCAAUGGAUCGGUGGAAAUAAUGAUCCAUCGAAGAAUAUUGAAGGAUGACAACCGUGGUGUUGGUGAACCUCUCAACGAGACCGGUCAGUUUGGUGACGGUCUCAUGGUCAGAGGAACUCAUACCGUUACUUUGACAACACCCAAGAAAGCUGCUUACAUCCAGCGAACACUCGGGGAGGAACUCUACAUGAAGCCAUAUUUCUAUGUUUCCACGGCAACAGGAGAUCAGUUUCCCGUGUCUUCGUCUUUUAUCAGCCGAACUCUCCCAGCCAACGUCCAUCUACUCACUCUGGAACAACUCAAACCAAACGUAAUCCUCCUAAGGCUAGAGCAUCAGUUUGAGGCCGGAGAGGACAACGCUUUCUCUAAACCAGUUACCGUUUCUCUCAAGGAUCUAUUCAGUCCGUUUAGUAUAUCAGAUGUAGAGGAACUAUCACUAGCAGCCAAUCAGCUCUUGAAGAGUGUCAAUCGUCUGCAGUGGAGCAUUGUGGGUAGUUCCACCACAACACCGCAAGCUUUCAAACCCAUUCCUGUGACUGCACCAGACUUCAACGUGACACUCAAUCCUAUGGACAUCAGAACAUUCAAUGUGACGGUCAGCAGGACCUGAUGAUUCCAGACGUUACCAAGGUUACAAACCAUUUCACCCAAUUCUGGUGAAUCUAAGUGAUUGUCCUAAAGCAAUUAAGGUGAUCUGAUA